AUGCAAAACCCCACUCCUGUUAUAAAUGGACCACCUGCACCACUCCUACCUGUUACCAUUGGACCACUCCCACCCGUAAUAAAUGGACCACCUGUAGUACUCCCACCUGUUAUAAAUGGACCACCUGCAGCACUCCCACCCGUUAUAAAUGGACCACCCGCAGCACUCCCACCUGUCAUAAAUGGACCACCUGCAGCACUCCCACCACUUAUAAAUGGACCACCCGUAGCACUCCCACCUGUUAUAAAUGGACCACCCGCAGCACUCCCACCUGUCAUAAAUGGACCACCUGCAGCACUCCCACCACUUAUAAAUGGACCACCCGUAGCACUCCCACCUGUCAUAAAUGGACCACCUGCAGCACUCCCACCUGUUAUAAAUGGACCACAUGCAGCACCCCCACCUGUCAUAAAUGGACCACCUGCAGCACUCCCACCCGUUAUAAAUGGACCACCCGCAGCACCCCCACCUGUCAUAAAUGGACCACCUGCAGCACUCCCUCAAGCACCAUUGAGGCACAAUCUCCUAUUGUGGGGCCUUCAUCAACUAUACAGACGCCUUGGACUUCAAAUACCUCAACAUGUGCCUAUACAACCUCAAAUACCUGCCAUUCCACAACUACCUGCUGAACCUCAACCACCUAUUGAACCACAAGUACAUGCUGAACCGCAACUACCCGCUGAACUACAACUACCUGCUGCACCUCAGCUACCUGCCGCUGCACAACAACCUGCUGAACCUCAACCACCUAUUGAACCACAAGUACAUGCUGAACCGCAACUACCCGCUGAACCACAACUACCUGCUGCACCUCAGCUACCUGCCGCUGCACAACAACCUGCUGAACCUCAACCACCUAUUGAACCACAAGUACAUGCUGAACCGCAACUACCCGCUGAACCACAACUACCUGCUGCACCUCAGCUACCUGCCGCUGCACAACUACCUGCUGAACCUCAACUACGUAGAUCUACUCGAAAAAAACCAGUUCAUUAUGGAUACAAUUGA